UACCUCUAAUUCUAGGAAGCACGUAAGUGGUGCAGAUCUAUUAUUCCUACUCAUAAUCCCAGAGAAGCCCAUAACAAGCCAGUAAUGGCUGCUCUGCAGAGGCGCCGGCACCGCAGCAAGCUGCUCCUGCCCUUCAUUCUCCUGGUUACGCUGUGGGGGGCCGGGGCCAGGCAGAUCCGCUACUCUAUCCCGGAGGAGCUGGAGAAAGGUUCCUUUGUGGGCAACAUCGCUAAGGAUCUAGGGCUGGAGGCUUGGGAGCUGGCGGAGCGCGGAGUCCGCAUCGUCUCCAGAGGUAGGACGCAGCUUUUCUCUCUGAACCCGCGGAGCGGCAGCUUGGUCACCGCGGGCAGGAUUGACCGGGAGGAGCUCUGCGCUCAGAGCGCGCGGUGUCUGGUGAGUUUUAACGUCCUGAUCGAAGAUAAACUGAAUCUUUAUCCUGUGGAAGUGGAAAUAGUGGACGUUAAUGACAAUACACCUCGGUUCUUAAGGGAAAAUUUGGAAGUGAAAAUUCUAGAAAACGCAGCUCCUUCUUCUCAUUUUCCACUAAUGGAAGUCUAUGACCCUGAUGUGGGAAUGAACUCUGUUCAGGGCUUCAAGCUCAGCAGUAAUAGUCACUUCUCAGUGGAGAUGCAAAGCGAAGUCCAUGGGCUCAAGUACCCGGAGCUGGUUCUGGAGCGCACCCUGGACCGGGAGGGAGAAGCCUUUCAUCACCUAGUACUCACUGCCAUGGAUGGCGGUGACCCUGUCCGCUCAGGGGUGGCAAAAAUUCUGGUAACUGUCCUAGAUGCGAAUGACAAUGCUCCGGUGUUUACGCAGCCUGUAUACCAUGUGAAUGUUCCUGAGAAUUUGCCAGUCGGUACACCGCUGUUGUUGGUAAAUGCCACCGACCGGGAUGAAGGAGUUCACGCAGAAGUAACGUAUUCCUUCGUGAAGAUCACGGAAAAGAUCUCACAGAUUUUCUGUUUGAAUGUUUUGACUGGAGAAAUUUCAACUUCUGCAAAUCUAGACUAUGAGGACUCAAGCUUUUAUGAACUGGAUGUUGAAGCCCGGGAUCAGCCAGGUCUUAGAGACAGAGCAAAAGUCUUAAUAACUGUCUUGGAUGUGAAUGACAAUGUGCCGGAAGUGGUCGUUACAUCUGGAAGCAGAACGAUUGCUGAAAGUGCGCCUCCAGGAACAGUAAUCGCUCUUUUUCAGGUGUAUGAUCGAGACUCUGGACCGAAUGGUCUAGUAAUGUGUUCCAUCUCAGAAAGUCUCCCAUUUGAACUGGAAAAAUCAGUAGACAAUUAUUAUCGAUUAGUGACAAAUACAGCCCUCGACCGGGAACAGGUAUCUUUGUACAACAUCACUGUGACAGCCACAGACAAAGGAAUGCCGCCUCUGUCUACAGAAACGCUCAUCUCCGUAAACGUGGCAGACACCAACGACAACCCACCCACCUUCUCCCACAUCUCCUACUCUGUCUACAUCCCUGAGAACAACCCCAGAGGUGCUUCCAUCUUCUCCGUGAAUGCACUGGACCCUGACAGCGACGAGAACGCCCAAAUCACCUACUCCCUGGCUGAAGACACCCUCCAGGCGGCGCCUCUGUCCUCCUAUAUCUCCAUCAAUUCCAACACCGGUAUUCUGUAUGCGCUGCGCUCCUUUGAUUAUGAGCAGUUUAGAGACCUGCAGCUGUGGGUGACAGCCAGCGACAGCGGGGACCCUCCACUCAGCAGCAACGUAUCGCUGAACCUGUUCGUGAUGGACCAGAAUGACAAUGUGCCUGAGAUCCUGUACCCCACCUUCCCAGCUGAUGGCUCCACUGGUGUGGAGCUUGCGCCCCGCUCAGCAGAGCCUGGCUACCUCGUGACCAAGGUGGUGGCAGUGGACAGAGACUCAGGCCAGAACGCCUGGCUGUCCUACCGCCUGCUCAAGGCCAGCGAGCCUGGGCUCUUCGUGGUGGGGCUGCACACGGGCGAGGUGCGCACAGCGCGGGCCCUGCUGGACAGAGAUGCGCUCAAGCAGAGUCUCGUGGUGGCCGUCCAGGACCACGGCCAACCCCCUCUCUCGGCCACCGUUACGCUCACCGUGGCUGUGGCUGACAGCAUCCCAGACGUCCUGGCCGAUCUGGACAGUCUUGAGGUCCCACGCGACUCUGUUGCUUCAGGUCUCACACUUUACCUGGUGGUGGCGGUGGCAGCCGUCUCCUGCGUCUUCCUCACCUUCGUCAUGAUGCUGCUGGCGCUCAGGCUACGGCGCUGGCACAAGUCACGCUUACUCCAGGCUGCGGGAGACAGAUUUGUGGGCGUAACAGCCUCUCACUUUGUGGGCGUGGACAGGAUGCCAGCUUUCCUGCAGACCAAUUCCCAUGAGGUCUGCCUCACCGGGGACUCAGGGAAGAGCCACAUCAUCUUCCCUCAACCCAACUAUGCUGACACACUCAUCAGCCAAGAGGACUGUGAGAAAAGCGAGCCUCUUUUGAUACAGGAAUAUUUAGGUUUUUGUGAAGAGGAAGACUCCCUUGUUCAGGUGAGUAACUUAGUAAGGACUCUGAGUGCCGCUGUUCACUCACCGGGGGGAAAUGGUGCAAGCGAUCCGCCAGAGCCACCGAGUUUUACAGCACAGAUGAACGACAGAUUGAGACAAGCUCUGUUCCAAGCUGCGCCAAACUCAAGCCGCUAUCCUGCUGGAUUCUGGGGCUCCCCUUCCGAAUUCAGAGGGCUCCACGUGGACACACUGGCAUUCGGAAGCACAGUCUGGGACGGCUCAGUGUUUAGGAAGACCAGCACGACAACAAUGGCCUCUCAGCAGAGGGGCGGGAACUACAGAGGAUUCUUCCUGCUCUCCAUCCUCCUGGGGACCCGAUGGGAAGCCUGGGCAGGACACAUUCUCUACUCCGUGUCGGAGGAGACAGACAAAGGAUCUUUUGUGGGUAAUAUCGCCAAGGACCUGGGACUGGAACCCCGGGAUCUGGCGGAGCGCGGAGUCCGCAUCGUCUCCAGAGGUAGGACGCAGCUCUUCUCUCUGAACCCACGAAGUGGCAUCUUGGUCACAGCAGACAGGAUAGACCGGGAGGAGCUCUGCGCUCAGAGCACGCGGUGUCUGGUGAGCUUUAACAUCUUGAUGGAAGAUAAAAUGAAUCUUUACCCCGUAGAAGUGGAAAUAAUAGAUGUUAAUGAUAAUGCUCCUAGAUUCUUGACCGAAGAAAUAAACGUGAAAAUAAUGGAGAAUACAGCUCCUGGGGUGAGGUUUCCGUUAAACGAGGCUGGGGAUCCAGAUGUUGGCACGAACUCCCUCCAGAGAUACCAGCUCAGCCCCAAUCGCCACUUCUCCCUGGUUGUGCAAAGUGGAGAUGAUGGAAAUAAAUACCCGGAACUGGUGCUGGAGCGGGAGCUGGACAGGGAGGAAGAGGUGGUUCACCACCUGGUCCUCACAGCCUCUGACGGCGGCGACCCACCCCGAUCUGGCACCGCCCACAUCCAAGUAACAGUGGUGGAUGUGAAUGACAACGCGCCUGUCUUCUCUCUGCCUCAGUACCAAGUGACUGUCCCCGAGAACGUGCCGGUGGGCACAAGACUGCUCACAGUAAAUGCUAUCGACCUGGAUGAAGGAGUCAAUGGGGAAAUCACAUAUUCUUUUAGGAAAAUAACUCCAAAACUUCUACAGAUAUUCCACUUGAACUCCCUUACAGGAGAAUUGUCAAUUUUAGAAGGCUUAGAUUACGAAGAAUCCGGGUUCUAUGAAAUGGAAGUUCAGGCUCAGGACAGUCCUGGUAGUCUGACAAAGGCAAAAGUACUGAUCACAAUUUUAGAUGUGAAUGACAAUGUUCCAGAAGUGACUGUAACGUCUGUAAGCCGCUCCAUCCCUGAAGACACACCUCCUGGCACAGUAAUUGCUCUUUUCUACCUCCAAGACAGAGAUUCUGGGAAGAAUGGUGAAGUGACCUGCACUAUUCCAGAAAAUCUGCCUUUUAAAUUAGAAAGAUCAAUAGAUAAUUACUAUAGAUUGGUCACAGAGAAAAACCUGGACAGAGAAAAACUCUCUGUGUAUAACAUCACACUGAAAGCCACAGAUGGCGGUACUCCUCCCCUUUCCACAGAAACUCACAUCUCCGUGCACGUGGCGGACACCAACGACAACCCACCCACCUUCCCCCACUCCUCCUAUUCCAUCUAUAUCCCUGAGAACAACCUCAGAGGCGCCUCCAUCUUCUCGGUGACUGCAGAGGACCCUGACAGCGAUGAGAAUGCCCAGGUCACUUAUUCCUUGUCUGAGGACACCGUCCAGGGGGUGCCGGUGUCUUCCUAUGUCUCCAUCAACUCCGACACUGGCAUCUUGUAUGCAUUGCGCUCCUUUGACUAUGAGCAGUUCCGCAACUUACAACUAAGAGUGACUGCGCGUGACAGCGCGGACCCACCACUCAGCAGCAAUGUGUCACUGAGCCUAUUUGUAACAGACCAGAACGACAAUGCACCUGAGAUCCUGUACCCCACCCUUCCCAUUGAUGGUUCCACUGGCGUGGAGCUGGCUCCCCGCUCUGCAGAGCCUGGCUACUUGGUGACCAAGGUGGUGGCAGUGGACAGAGACUCAGGCCAGAACGCCUGGCUGUCCUACCGCCUGCUCAAGGCCAGUGAGCCUGGGCUGUUCACAGUGGGGCUGCACACAGGUGAGGUGCGCACGGCGAGGGCCCUGCUGGAGAGAGACGCGCUCAAGCAGAUCCUCGUGGUGGCCGUCCAGGACCACGGCCAGCCCCCUCUCUCGGCCACCGUCCCGCUCACCGUGGCUGUUGCCGACAGCAUCCCUGACAUCCUGGCUGACCUGGGAAGCAUCAAGACUCCCGCUGACCCCAACGGUUCAGACCUCACGCUGUACCUAGUGGUGGCUGUGGCCGCGGUCUCCUGUGUCUUCCUUUCUUUCAUCGUCGUGCUGCUGGCGCUCAGGCUCCGCGACAGCAUCCCUGACAUCCUGGCUGACCUGGGAAGCAUCAAGACUCCCGCUGACCCCAACGAUUCAGACCUCACGCUGUACCUAGUGGUGGCUGUGGCCGCGGUCUCCUGUGUCUUCCUUGCUUUCAUCGUCGUGCUGCUGGCGCUCAGGCUCCGGCGCUGGCACUCGUCGCGCAUGCGUCAGGCUGCCGGCGGUGGGUUAGUUGGCGUGCCCACCUCACACUUUGUGGGCGUGGACGGGGUGCGGGCUUUCCUGCAGACCUAUUCCCACGAGGUCUCCCUCACCGCGGACUCAGGGAAGAGUCACCUAAUCUUCCCUCAGCCCAACUACGCGGACACGCUCAUCAGCCAGGAGAGCUGUGAGAAAAGUGAUUCUUUGUUAACAUCUAUAGAUUUUCGUGAAUGUAAGGAUGACGCCCCAAGUAUUCAGGUUACCAAAAGUAGAACACACCUCAAGUCUCUAGCAGAGGAGACUUGA